CUGUCACCGCCUCAGCUCGCUCUAACAUAGAUAGGAGGAUGCCGCGUGCCAAUAUGCUACUUCUCUUCGCAACCGGUGCGGUACCACAGUAGUACAUAUACCGUUAUUCCACCCUGCUUGCCCUAGCACGGCUUGGUAUGUCUUCCCUGAAUAUCGCGGCGACUUUGCACACGCACAUGAAGCAGGAUGUAUCCUUGAUGAGUGCCGAGACGGCCGUGGAGAAACUACUCACCUCAUGCAUCGCAUUUGUUCGCGGUGUUCAGGAGAGCCCUUGUCCUAUAAACCGGCUUCCACCAGAGUUGCUGAACCACGUCUUCGACUACAUCCCCACUAGGCCCCAGAUACCAGUUACACCCACCAGAGACGCGUCUACGGCCUUUCGGAUAUGGGGACCCACAGUCCUUGACACCAGGAGCUCGGUCGUUCUCUCGCAAGUCUGUUGGUAUUGGCGCGAUGUAUGCUUGCAGUCAUCUACAAUGUGGGCCCAUAUCCUUGAUUCGCAGCCUUUCGAGCUCGACACUUUGCUGGAGCGGUCCCGGGAGCUCCCUCUGAAAGUUCUGAUGACAUUUUCAGAGCUUCGCUCGCUGCAAUUCUUGUCGGAGCAGAGCCACGGCAUACAGGAGCUACACUGGAUACAGCUCGACAUGCAGCGCAGCGGUGCUUGUCUGAGCUUCCCCGCUCCCGCGCUGCGUACCCUGACACUCACCGGGCCGCGCUCUUCAACGAGCUACCACGGCGCGGAUUCGUACCUUGACGACAGCUGUCCCAUCCUCUUCAGCAAUCAGACCACGGCCCUCGCACACCUCUCGCUCUGCAGCCUCCCCUGGCUCCCGCACAACCGCUUCGACAACCUCACAUGCCUCUACAUCGACAGCUGCCACGGACCCAAUCUGCUCAUCCGCCUCCUCAGCCUCCUCAGCGGCUGCCCCCUCCUAGAGCACCUCGUCCUCUCCGCGCUCUCCGACCUCGCGCCCGCCCGGGCCGACGACGUCGUCGCCCUCGGCGCGCUGCGCACCCUCGUGCUAAAGCAAGUCUCUGCAGACGACGGCGCACUGCUCCUCAGACACCUUGCGCUCCCCGCGUCGACCGCGCUCCGCCUCGCGGACAUCUUCCCCUGCGCUGCGUCCCUCCCUGAAGCGCUCGCGGUGCUGCCGCCCGUCAGCGGGGUCACGCGGCUCGCGCUGGACCUGACCGCGGGGAGACCAUGCGUGUGUGCGGUGGGCGAGGAGUCGGGCGUGCGCGUCGAUGAGUACACGUCGUGGUUCCACUACGAGUUCUGGCUGGGGACCGCUCCCGUGCUCGUGUCCCGGGCGCAGGUCAGGGAGCUGUGGCUGAGGGCGAGCGGGCCUGUCGACAGGAAGCACGGCGCGGCAUUACACAGUCUGAUCAAGGCACUGCCGGAGCUCGAGCUCCUCGUCGUCAACGACGAUGUUGUAGAGCUAUUGAGCUCGAUGCAGGGCACGGUCCCGACGUGCUCCGGUCUCACAUCUAUACACGUACAUUGCGAGGGCCGCAUCGCUGCGCGGUCGAUCGUCGACGGCCUGCUCGCCAACAAGACACAGCUGGCGGGCAAGAGUGUGGUCGUGUGCUGCAUGCCGGCGUUUCGGUUCGUGCGCGAGGAGUGGAAGGAGCUGGACAAAUGCUUUCGUUCUGUGGAGUAUAGGUUCUGCGAGAGCACCCCGGAGAUGGCGAUGCCUACGGUAUGUAGCGUUGCUGGACAUAUGCUCUGGCCAUCCUGGCGUGAGGCGUAGCGGGUGUCGUCUGGGCGAUAGGUCAGGGUAGGCUGAGAAGUGUACAUACCGCGUUAAAUUGGCAGCUAAGCCGUUUCCUGGCUCUUUGGGUAGUGUUCGAUAUUCCUGGC